AUGCCAAAGCUAUCGAUAUUAGGGAAGACUGUUCUUGCAACAUUUUUGCUGCAGACAAUCGUGUUGACAGCGUUAGAAUGUCUGGUUGUAUAUUUUCAUGUGUCUUUUGUCAGAAACUUUACACUCAGUGAGACUGGGGUAGGAAUCAGCGAGUCGGAUUUAAUAUAUCAUGCAAUAUUUAUUCUCACACAAGCAUUCCAGUUGGUCAUAUGUGUAGACGCACUAUUUAAUCGCAACACCAUCCAAUUAGUCGCUCUCGCUAUUCUAAACUUUAUCACCGUAGCGUACGCCGCUAUUCAAACCUAUCAACACUUUAUUCUGGAAGAUCAAGGCACGGAUGGCGCAAUCUGGACGCCAGUAGACCCCACGAGAUUUAGUGGUCCCGAAGACGCCAAACAUUUCUUCCAGGCGAGGAUGAGACCAUUGGAAUAUACAAUCAUUGGAAUUGUAGUAGCAUGUAGCAUAUUGCUAGGGAUAUUGACGAGAUAUUUGAUAAUCGAGUUUGGAUGGGAGAAUUAUCAAAAAUACAGUGCAGACCUAAGCGUAAGAAAAGCAUUCGUCGAUAUAACGUUAUUAAUGACGCUAAUUAAGAUGGAUGUAUUCUUCGUUGGAACUUACGCCAUUCAGUUGAUACCGUCGGAAAAGUUGGGCUAUACUAGAACAAUGACAGAGACUAUAGCCGUUUUUGUUAUUGGGACAAUUACGUUCAUUGUCGCCUGGUAUGGGACAGCCAAAGAACAAAAGUACUGUUUAUUGUCGGUUAUCGGAAUACUAGCCUUGAAUGUAGUAUAUGCCCUUUAUAGUAUCAUUCACGUCAAUAUGCAUAGCAAUCAUCCCAACGAUCCGUAUUUAUACACCCGCAGAUUCCUUACUCUCUUCCUUGCAGUCAUGUUAUGUUUAACAGUAGCUACUAUUGUAAAUAUGGGAUUAUGUAUCAAAAACAUGAUGAAGGGGUUUUACGUGUUAACUGUAUACGGGAAUGAUGGAGAGAACGAUCCAGAUUAUGAUGAUUUAUCAACUCCAACGACAAAAAGAGAGAAGAGGCGAAGUCAACUGGCGGCUGCACGAGUAAAUAAUAGGCGAUUUAGUUUUGAUAAUUAA